ACACUACCACAAAACAAUCAGCCCACAAUACAUAACACAACUUCACACACAGAAAAAGAACUUGCACAAAACUCUCUCAAAAUGGCCAUGGCAACUCAAGCCUCUCUAUUCACCCCAGCUCUCACCACCCCCAACUCAUCAUGGAAAAAUUCCACCCUCAUUUCCUUCACCAAGCCACUCAAGUCCGCUGUCUCGCCCUCAAGAACCGCCAUCCGGGCCGAGGGCCAGACAGCGGAGCCUGCGGUGGAGCCCAAAAAAGCCCCAGCGGGCUUUACUCCACCGCAGCUAGACCCAAACACCCCCUCACCAAUUUUUGGCGGGAGCACUGGUGGGCUUUUACGAAAAGCCCAAGUGGAAGAAUUCUAUGUCAUAACAUGGGAAUCACCAAAGGAGCAAAUAUUUGAAAUGCCAACUGGGGGAGCUGCCAUCAUGAGAGAAGGCCCAAACUUGUUGAAACUGGCCCGGAAAGAACAGUGUCUGGCCCUUGGGACUAGAUUGAGGUCCAAGUACAAGAUUAAGUACCAGUUCUACAGGGUGUUUCCAAGUGGUGAGGUCCAAUAUUUGCACCCAAAGGAUGGUGUCUACCCUGAGAAAGUGAACCCGGGCCGUCUUGGGGCUAACCAGAACAUGAGGAACAUUGGUAAAAAUGUGAGCCCAAUUGAUGUUAAGUUCACAGGAAAGCAAGUGUAUGAUAUAUGAUGAUGUGUGAUUUGUGAUUAUGUUUUCUUUAAGCUCAUUUUGUGAAAUGAGCGUGUAUUUAUACAAUUUCUUAACUUUUUGCA